AAGAUGGAUGUGCUCUCCCCUCACUCGGGCUGCAGAGCUCUGCAAUACGCAUUUACCUUCAAGGGACGCGAGCGCCGGGUCCAAUACUCGCGGUUCCCCCCUUUGCGGAGGGAGCUCGGUCUCACCGCCCUGACAGGCACGAUCGUCCUUUCCCUGCAGACGCGCUAAGGGCGAAGCUAACCGCCCGGUGACACCCGCCCAGCACCGCCGCCGGGCAAGGCGAGGCCGUGCCCCCUCCGCCACGGUAUCCAGCGGUUUCCCCGCCCGAGGUACCGCGGCUGCCCCCGCCGGGACCGGGCGGCCCCUACCUCAGGGACACGGGGCUGCCGUGAGGAGCAGUGCGGCGACCCCCCGAGCCCGUUAGCGCAGGGCACUGGCAUCCACCGCUCCCCCGGUGCUGUUCCGUUCCGUACGGCUCCGCCAGGGGAGGGGCGCGGAGGGCGGCGCGUCCCGUCCCGUCCCUCCGCCACCGCCUCCUCCUCCUUCUCCUCCACCUGCUGCCGCUGCGCUAGUAGCCGGCUGUGGGGAGCCGCCCGCCUCAUCCCCGCGGGGCCCCUUUGUGCUGCUCCUGCUCCAGAGCUGCCCUCAGCCAGGCGGCGGCUGCGUCACGGCCCAGGCGCUGCGGCCGCCCAGAGACACCCCGCGGAGGGACAGCCGCCGCCUCGACCCCCGCUCCGCCAUUGCUGCGCGGGCCGCGGCGCGACGGAACGACGCCUCGCCGCCCCCCGAGGAAGGGCCGGGAGCCGCGGCGAAAAUCCCUCUAGCCUGGAAGAAUGGUGAAACUGGGGAAUAAUUUCAGCGAGAAGAGCACAAAGCAACCCCUUUUGGAGGAUGGAUUUGACACCAUCCCCCUGAUCACACCCCUGGAUGUCAAUCAGCUCCAGUUCCCACCUCCUGAUAAGGUUGUGGUCAAAACAAAAACAGAGUAUGAACCUGAUCGCAAGAAGGGGAAGUUCCGUACUCCUAAAAUAGCUGAAUUCACAAUCAGCAUCACUGAGGGGGUUUCAGAAAGAUUUAAGGUGACCGUGCUGGUCCUUUUUGCCCUCGCGUUCUUAACGUGUGUUGUAUUUCUGGUAGUCUACAAGGUUUACAAGUAUGACCAUACCUGUCCAGAAGGAUUUGUUUUCAAGAAUAAUCAAUGCAUUCCAGCUGGGUUGGAAAACUACUACUCUGAACAAGACUCCAGUGCUCGAGGGAAGUUUUACACAGUCAUAAACCACUACAAUCUGGCCAAGCAAACCAUCACGCGCUCGGUGUCCCCAUGGAUGACAGUACUGUCAGAAGAGAAACUAUCGGAACAGGAGACUGAAGCCGCGGAGAAAUCGGCUUAGUGUGAUCCACUAAUUAGUAACACUGUCAUUUGAAGGUAACUAAGGGACUUUAAGGAACUUUUCAUUAAAUAUAAUUAUGGAUAAUUUAGAGGUUACUCAUGUUUAUGGUGCAAUUGCUUCUGUUUGCUGAUACUGCUUUGCAAAAAAAAAAAAACCAAAAACUUGCUGCAGAACAUUCAUGGGCGUAAGACAAGGUGCCUAUCAGCAUUGCGUUAGAGCUUUGACACCAUUUUCAAUGUUAACAAACCCCCAAUGUUAGGUAUGUUCUUGCAGUUCAUUGGAUACUGACAGAUUUUGUCGCUGGAUUUCCAGGGCUCGGACCUUAGAUAAAUCACGUGUUCUGUUCUCUGAACUGAUCCUUUAGUUAUGAAUUUUUUUAUUCUCUGUCAUUUUGCAAACUGAAACACCCCAGCCAUAACCAGAGUGAUCUCUUGUUCAGCUCAAAGCUGUAUCUAAUACUUAGUUUUGGCUCAAGCGAGAAGGAGAGUCAGCAUUGAUGUCAAGGGCAUAAUGUAAUGACUUGUAUGGAGAAAGAAAGUGUCAGGUAGCAUUUUUCUUACAUUUUUCUCUACUGUCGUUUCUUUGUAAGUAAGUGAUGAUGAAGUUCUCCGCAACAAGGCAUGCUCAAUGUUUUAUUAUUGCUGUCGACAGGAUUUAACUGCAUUUCCACUGUGGCUUUAGCAUCUUGGUACGGAUGUGCACUGAAACACAAACUAGGUAGAUGUCAUGGAAAAACACAGACAGUUUUAGUGAUGGAUGUUGAGGAUAGUGUAAAACAGAGGCAGUUCAGGAUGUCCUAAGGAGAAAUGACAUCUUUUGGUCAUAGUUCAGAGGCAGAAAGCCUAUACACAGUACAUGUAGCCUGCCAUGUAAUUGGUUGGAUGCAGCUGAGGGAGUAAUAUGUCUAAAUUUUCUCUCUUAUUACAUUAACAUUAUCCCUUUUUAUGGAUUGGGAAAGAGCUCGCAGUUUAUGUAUGGUUUGCAGUGUGAUACUUUUUAAAACACAAAGCAUCACAAGCAAAACUAGCAAAUUGGGUACCACAAGUGGGUCUUUUAAAGCUACAUGUGAAACAGAGUGAAGAGUAGAAGUGUUCAUGUAUGGCUUGGGAGGGGAAAAGACGUAGAAGAACAUAGUAUUGUGGAUGCACGCAGAAGUUCCAUUGUAAUUACAGACUUAUCUAUUCUUUGUGUGAAACCAUGUUUUCAUUUUUAUUAUAAAUCUUAAAUAUAUAUUACAAAAAAAGACAUCUUAUUAAUUUAAGAGUUAGACAAAAUAAGUGUGUGAAGCAUCUGGGCAAGCCAGUCACCUUUCUGUUCAUGUCACGUGAAUGGGACAAGGGGCAGUGGAGAUGUCAAAAGUUCCUUUUAGGUAGAGACUACAUCAAAAUGAAGGGAAAAACCUUAGUAUGGGCUGUUUCUCAAGAUCUGGUCAGCUCUACUUUUAUUUUUCUCCUGUCAAAUUGCUUUAUCAACCACCUUUCUUACCGACACAGUUAAAAUAACCAUUAUUACUUCAUUCUCUAGGUUUGAUAUGAAACAUGCAUUACACAGCAGACAUGUAAAAGGCUUUUUAUUAAGUCAUAAAAAGCAAUAAAUUAUGUGCCAAAUUUUUCUUUGAAUUUAAAAACUUUAAUCUUAAGUUAAGAAAUUCGAAACACACCGUGUCUGCAUUUUGCAAUAGGCAGAUGCCGUAUCGAAUGUCAUUAAUUCACGUGUAACUUUUGACAUUUUCACUCUGCAGAGUAGGGAAAAAGGAUGCUGCUGCUUGUUGUGUAUAACGUCUUGAAAUACACAUUUCAGGAGAGAGAUAGAUAGCAAACCACACAUUUCCUAUCAACGUAUUUAGAGGCCAUUCAGAUUUUACAAGAUAAAGAUCUGUUUCUCAGCACCAUCCUCCAUCAAAGUGAUUAUCGAGACAUCUUCUCCCCCCCUUAAAUUUAGUACAAUAAAAACUUUAAUGCACAAGUAAAUACUGAUGAGAAACAACUUAUUUCUCUCUCUGAUAACAAUAAAUGUUAAAAAACGCUCAGCUUUACAAUCUAGGAGAAAGAGACUGCUUAUGCUUUGUGAAGGCUAACCUGUUUUCCCUCUGCUUUAACAGGAGAGAGUUUAUUGAUUCUUGUCUGCAGUUGUUUGGGAGUUUUUUUUAUCUUGGUUAACAAAUUACUGCCAAGUUUAGUACUUUGAAUUGUUUUGCUUUAAUGUUGGCUCCUUGGGCUUUGUUCCAACACCCCAGCACAUCUGUUUCACUGCACAAUCUGUUUGUGUUGUAUUCUCUCUUUUCACCUAGAAGUAAAGCUCUUUAGUUGAUUUCUUACCAUUAUUAUUACUAUUAAAUCAGCCUGCUCUCUGACUCGAGUAGUUUCAGAGGAUGGGAAGUCGAGGUCAUACAUGUGCAAAGUGAUCACUAUGUACUGCAGUGGUGUGAUUAAAUAAAAGCCUGAGACAGCGUAGAUGCUUUUGCACAGUA